ACAAUUUCGUAUACAAUUUUCGCAUUCGCUGAUUCUGCUUAUUCACUCGUUCGUUCAACCCGUUCAACUUUUGCCGUGGUCGUGUUUUUGCGUGCCGUUUAUAUUUUACAAAAAUAGUUGGCAAAAGAUAGCUGCGAAAUACACAGAACUCCAAAAGUGGCCACACAAAAGCUAAUACCAAAUUCUGUCGACGCUAAAUAGAAAUCGAAGUUGUAAGAAAAGAAAUUGUGAAACUAAUCGCCAAUCAAUCACUCAAGCGAUCGCACCACCGAACGCUUCAAAUAUUUUGCUACCCGCGCACCAUUAAACACAGUAUGCACAAAGGCGAUGGGCGGUUUCCUGGAUAAGCCAAAAACUACCAAACAUAACGACCAUGGCGAAGGAAAUAAACUUCUAUUCGGCGUUAGCUCCAUGCAGGGCUGGCGUUGUGAAAUGGAGGACGCGUACUAUGCACGCGCCGGUCUCGGAAGCGGUUUGGACGAUUGGAGUUUCUUUGCCGUUUUCGAUGGGCAUGCAGGUUGUAAAGUGUCGGAACAUUGCGCCUCACAUCUCCUCGGUAGUAUCAUUAGUACGGAUGAAUUUAAGAAUGGUGAUCACGUGAAGGGUAUUCGCACCGGUUUUUUGCAUAUUGAUGAAGUCAUGCGAGAUUUACCCGAAUUAACUCGAAAUGCAGAAAAAUGUGGCGGCACAACUGCAGUUUGUGCGUUUAUUUCGCCGACCCAAGUUUACAUAGCAAAUUGUGGCGAUUCCCGUGCGGUACUGUGUCGACAAGGUGUACCGGUAUUUGCUACACAAGAUCACAAACCGAUACUGCCCGAAGAAAAAGAGCGUAUACACAAUGCUGGUGGUAGUGUAAUGAUUAAACGUGUCAAUGGUACACUGGCGGUUUCGAGAGCUCUGGGUGAUUACGAUUUUAAAAAUGUGAAAGAGAAGGGUCAAUGUGAGCAGCUAGUGUCGCCGGAACCUGAAAUUUUUUGCCAAAGUCGCCAAGAUACAGAUGAGUUUUUAGUUUUAGCCUGUGACGGUAUAUGGGAUGUCAUGUCUAAUGAGGAUGUUUGUAGUUUUGUUCACUCGAGGCUGAGAGUAACUAGCGAUUUAGUAGAUAUAGCAAACCAAGUCGUUGAUACCUGCUUGCAUAAGGGCAGUCGAGAUAAUAUGAGUAUAAUAAUUAUCGCUUUCCCAGGCGCACCAAAACCUACUGAAGAAGCCAUUGAAGCAGACAAACGGUUGGAGAAACAAAUUGAGAAAUUAACAAGAGAUGAGAUAGAAUGUAAUGAAAUCACACAGUACUAUGAUUUGUUGCAAGCACUACAAAAUAAGGAAAUUGAAGGUCUUCCUCCUGGUGGCGGUUUACAGUCAAAAUAUCCAGUCAUCGAGCGAACGUUCAAAGAAAUAUAUCCAGAUCAGGACUGCGAAAGCCCUUCUCACUGAACCACCUCAAAACCAGAUAAAAACAGAAAAAUAAAAACAAAAUAAAAACAAAAAAAAAAAAAUACAAAUCGGUUAUAACUUUGAUAAAGUGCAAAUUUAACUGAAGUAACCAAACAAUAUAAGGAAAACAAUUAAAAAAAGAAAAAACAGGAACAUAACAAGUAAAUACACACAAAGUAAAAAAAGAGGAAAAAAAUAUUGAAAAUAACUCAAGCAAAAUGCCAGAAAUACACAAACAAGUGAAAAUGAGCAACAACAAGUAUAGGGUUAAGAAAUUAUAGCAACCGCCAACGGUGCAGACUAAGAGCUGAUUUUGCCGACAAGCAACAGGCUGUAGACGCAAGUGGUUACACCUCAAAAAAGGCUGCACAAGCAGAGCCAAGCAAUAAUGCUGCAAUGAGUGCAUUCAGUUGGACACUAACGCAAAUACAUAUAAAUAAUUGGAAACACUUCAUGCAUGCAGCCAGCCAGCCAGGUCAUAUGACGUCAUAUUUGGUAUACAAAUUUUAUUUAUUUUUUUUUUUUUUUGUUUUUGCUGACAUGAAAUGUGGCCGAAAAUUUCUUACUAUCGCAAAGUGUUGCCGUUAAAUGACGGUGGAAGCAACACACAGAUGUAAAUGCAUACAUACAUAUAUACCAACAUAACUAGACAUAAAAUUUAAAAUGCAUUAUUCUAGAAUUAAAAUACGUUAAAACAUUUACCGUUUUCGUCUCAACACCAGCCUACAACACCAACUAUGUGUCUACAACACACUCAUCUGAUUCUAUUCAAAUAGUAUGUCCAAUAAGCCUGUAGCGUUGUGUAUGUGUGUUUAAAGAAAAUUAAUUACCGUUAAAGUGGAACUGAUGCUGUUUUUUUUUAGUAUUUUUUAAGAAAACUAUUAAAUCAACGUAAAGACGAGACAGCAACUGCGCAAAUACUUGCAAAUAAACUGAAGAAAAAAUGAGUUAAAAAAUUAUUUACUUUGCCGAUGUUUUGGAAUAUUGCUUUGGCUACCAUAAAACGCACAAUCAUCGUCAAUAUGAGCAUCCAAGUCACCACUCGUGCGUCUAACACUAUAAACAGCUUAAAGUUGAGAAAAAAAAAACGGAAAAUUAUAUCUUCAAAUAAUUAAACGAUUUAUGUGGCCGCCGAAAGUUCUAGAUCGUAGCUCUUCUGGCCACCAAUUUGAAAUCAACUGAAAUAUAUUCGAAACUUAUUUCUGGUUUUUGUAACAAACACACACAUUUAUAAAAAUUUUUCGAUUUUUUUUUACUUUAUUUUUACUACCAACGACCUUAAACGACUAGAGAAAAAAGAAACGGUUUACAAGCAAGAUAAUUAUUUAAAAAAAAAAAACAAAAAAA